AUGUCCGCCUUUGCAGAUGGGACGGCAGGCCAACGCGCUCGUGGUGGCGGAAAGCGCAACGGCGGCAGGGCUGCCGCGGCCAAGGGCGGUCCCUCGGGCAGGCAGUCGCAGGAUGCGGAUGGAGGCGACGAGGGGGAUCAUGCCGAGCCGGAAGCUCGUGGUGGCGGAAAGCGCACCGGCGGCAGGGCUGCCGCGACCAAGGGCGGUCCCUCGGGCUCGCAUGAUGCGGAUGGUGGCGACGAGAAGGAUCAUGCCGAGCCGGAAGCUCGUGGUGGCGGCAUACGCAACGGCGGCAGGGCUGCCGCGGCAAAGGGCGGUCCCACGGGCAGGCAGUCGGAGGAUGCAGAUGGUGGCAACGAGGGGGAUCAUGCCAAGCUGGAAGCUCGUGGUGGCGGCAUGCGCAACGGCGGUAGGGCUGCCGCGGCCAAGGCCGGUCCCUCGGGCUCACAGGAUGCGGAUGGUGGCGACGAGAAGGAUCAUGCCGAGCCGGAAGCUCGUGGUGGCGGCAUGCGCAACGGCGGCAGGGCUGCCGCGGCUAAGGGCGGUCCCACGGGCAGGCAGUCGGAGGAUGCAGAUGGUGGCGACGAGGGGGAUCAUGCCAAGCCGGAAGCUCGUGGUGGCGGCAUGCGCAACGGCGGUAGGGCUACCGCGGCCAAGGCCGGUCCCUCGGGCUCACAGGAUGCGGAUGGUGGCGACGCGAAGGAUCAUGCCGAGCCGGAAGCUCGUGGUGGCGGCAUGCGCAACGGCGGCAGUGCUGCCGCGGCUAAGGGCGGUCCCACGGGCAGGCAGUCGGAGGAUGCAGAUGGUGGCGACGAGGGGGAUCAUGCCAAGCCGGAAGCUCGUGGUGGCGGCAUGCGCAACGGCGGUAGGGCUGCCUCGGCCAAGGCCGGUCCCUCGGGCUCACAGGAUGCGGAUGGUGGCGACGAGAAGGAUCAUGCCGAGCCGGAAGCUCGUGGUGGCGGCAUGCGCAACGGCGGCAGGGCUGCCGCGGCUAAGGGCGGUCCCUCGGGCAGAGCUCCUGUUCAUGGUGCUGGUGGUGGGGUGGGUGUCAUGCGGCGGAGUGAUCGUAAAUCGCAGCAGUUAUCCUUCCCAUCCCUCCCCUCCCUCUGCGAGAGCCCAUGUUCAUG